UUUAUUUUGACAUUGAAAAUCUGACAAGAACGGCAAGUGAUGUGUCAGUGAUGUUUAAGGCCUGUUUGUACCUCGUUAAAGUAUAGAAAUAUAGCAAAAACAGAAAAAUCUCUUGAGAUUCUCAUCGAAAGACUGAAAAUUGUUAAAUAGAUCAACAUUUUGUAUUCAUAAAACUUAAGAAAAUUGCGAUCAUAAAUUACUUAAAACUUCCAUACGAUCGUAUCUUGCUAAAAUAAUGUGUCCCAAUGUCUAUGACAGUCUUUUGACAGAUCUGUCAGAAUGCUAAUUUUGCUGAGUUAGAAAAUCUCUCGAGAAGUUGAGAAAAAGUGAUCCAAGUGUCACCGCCAGUUAAUCACGCGUCUGCCGCCGUCGCAAUGGCUGCCCCGGCGGCCUGCACGCGCUUUUCCGAUAAUUAUGAUAUAAAAGAAGAGCUUGGAAAGGGCGCCUUUUCAAUCGUCAAGAGAUGCGUUCAAAAGUCAACGGGUCUGGAAUUUGCUGCUAAAAUAAUUAAUACGAAGAAACUCACGUCACGAGAUUUUCAAAAACUCGAGCGAGAGGCUAGAAUCUGUCGAAAACUCCAGCAUCCGAAUAUAGUACGACUCCAUGAUAGCAUACAAGAGGAAAACUAUCACUAUCUCGUGUUUGAUCUCGUAACAGGAGGUGAACUAUUCGAGGACAUCGUGGCACGCGAGUUCUACUCAGAAGCAGAUGCGAGUCACUGCAUCCAGCAAAUUCUCGAAUCUGUGAAUCACUGCCACCAGAAUGGGGUUGUGCAUCGUGACCUCAAGCCGGAGAACUUGCUGCUGGCGAGCAAGGCGAAGGGAGCCGCCGUGAAGUUAGCCGAUUUUGGUCUCGCCAUCGAAGUUUCGGGCGAUCAGCUGGCGUGGUUUGGGUUUGCCGGUACGCCCGGCUACCUGUCGCCUGAGGUGCUGAAGAAGGAGCCCUACGGCAAGUCCGUUGACAUUUGGGCCUGCGGCGUCAUCCUAUAUAUCCUGCUUGUUGGCUAUCCGCCAUUUUGGGAUGAAGAUCAGCAUAGGCUGUAUUCUCAAAUUAAGGCAGGAGCCUAUGAUUACCCAUCACCUGAAUGGGAUACAGUAACGCCAGACGCCAAGAAUCUCAUCAACCAAAUGCUUACCGUGAAUCCUCAUAAGCGUAUUACAGCUAGUGAGGCACUUAAGCAUCCCUGGAUCUGCCAACGAGAAAGGGUGGCAUCAGUCGUACAUCGGCAGGAGACUGUUGACUGUCUCAAGAAAUUCAAUGCAAGACGCAAAUUGAAGGUCGCCAUCUUAACAACUAUGCUCGCUACUAGAAAUUUUUCGAGCGUGAACGUGAAAAAUGCGGCGAAUGAAGGCAAAAGCAUGAUCACGAAGAAAGGCGAAGGGUCUCAAGUCAAGGAAUCAACUGACUCAAGUACAACAAUCGAAGAUGAUGACGUUCGAGAAGAUAAAAAGGGAGGCGUAGAUCGCAGCUCAACCGUUAUUGCCAAAGAUCCUGAAGCGCCACCAUCGCCGACAUCAGCGCCACCAGAAGCUCCACAGCGCCUCCACAAUCUCGUGGCAGCGACCGUAACAAAGGCAGCUCAGAGGCCCGGAGCCGAUCUUCUUCAAUCCGUUCAAGCUCGACGACAGGAAAUAAUAAAAAUAACUGAGCAAUUAAUUGAGGCAAUCAACAAUGGCGAUUUCGAUGCAUACACAAAAAUUUGUGACCCACAUCUGACUGCCUUUGAACCUGAAGCAUUGGGCAAUCUUGUCGAAGGAAUGGAUUUUCACAAAUUUUACUUUGAAAAUGUCCUUGGUAAGAACUGCAAGGCAAUCAAUACAACCAUCCUCAAUCCACAUGUUCAUUUGUUGGGUGAAGAUGCAGCUUGCAUCGCAUACGUUCGACUGACACAGUAUAUCGACAAGCAAGGACACGCACAUACACACCAAUCGGAAGAGACAAGAGUGUGGCAUAAGCGCGACAACAAAUGGCAGAAUGUUCACUUUCAUCGCAGCACCGCAACAAACAUUUCUGGUGCAUCGCCAUUUUUCUUCAAUCCAAAAUAAAGUGGAGAAAGUGUUGUGAGAACAUCAAAAGGAAAAAUGGCCGACGUUUGUUUUGUUUUUUUGAAAGAAACUCUGUGGGACUCUCAAAUGCGUUAAGAACGCUGCUCUCUAGAACAAAAAAAAAGAAACAAUUGAACCUCUCGUGAUUUGCAGUCCGUUUGUGUUAUUAAGGGUAAAAAGAAAUGCGUUUUUUUUUUUUUUUGAGAAAAUGGCGACAAAUGGGCCAUCCUUUUUUUGCAUACUUAUAUACAAAUUCGUAUGUUGACUGACAUAGAGAGAGAUGUGAGAUCCCACCCCCACCCCUUUGAGUGAGGCCCACUGGGACGCCAUCUUGUGUGCAUCAAUACAACAUGUCUUAUAAUCGUUAUAAAAAAUAGUAAGAAGAUGAAAAAUGAAGGAAACUCUUAAAGUGAAUAAAACAAAUGGAAACUCUUAAGGCUCUGUCGCCAUGUUGGAUUUUUUCAUCUCCGCAACGCCUCCUUUGUUUUGUCACGUUUAACCUCAAAGACUGGAUGGUUGGUUAAAUAAAACAACAGGGUGUUAUAACAGCAAGAAAAAAAAAACAUAAGUAGAUGGAAAAUUCUUCAACAUUGUGCGAUAAUCCAUUUUAGAUUUAAAUUAAUAUGUAAUAAUAUCAAAAAUAAUUUAUCGAAUGGAGUUCUUAUUUAUUAUUUUUGCUCCACGAAGCACUCAAAAUUCGAUGAAGAAUAUGUAUGAAACAAAGAUGGCGGUGGAAUGUUCAAUUUUGUUAUAUUUUAUAAUUUUCAAUGAAAAACUGUUAUAAUUUAGCUAUUGAAAUUAUAAGAUUAAAAGAAAAAGUAUAAAAACAAUUCAAUUGUUAGAUCAAGAAAAAUUAAAACAAAAAAUAAUGUAAAAAAAGUAUAAAUAUAUUUAUGUUUUUGUGGGGGAAGUAUAAUAGUUAUUUAAUAGAUGAUAAAAUUGUAAUACAAUAUAGUAAUUAUUAUUAAUUUUUUUUGCCAUUUACCCCCUGAUCCUCUCCCCCCAAUCCACGAUGCUAUGGUGCUUUACUUAUUUUUUUUCUUUUUUUUACAAUCAUGAGUUUGACUCAUUUGUUUUUUUUUAUUUAAAUCUCAAGUACAAUUUACAUGUGAUCUCCUUAAUUUUAUGUUCGUUUUUUUAAUGUAUUUUUUUUUUGACAGUGUAAGAAAAAAAAGAUGACAUUGAGAUGGUUUUUAAAAGCUUUUCUUAUCCUCUUUGUAAACAAAAAUUGUUUUUUAUUGUUGGUUAAUAUUAUUAUUCUAUUUUUUCUGUGUAACAGAUGAGAAACUCAAAAAAAAAAUAUUCUCAAUUUUAUUGCUUUAUAAAUUAAUUAUUUUUCUUUUAAAAUAUUAAUUCAAAAUAGUUCUAAAAUUAUUUGGGACUGUUUUAUCGAUAAAUUGAGACUGUUCUUCAUACCAUACAUACUAUACUAAAAGUGAAGAGAUUUAAGAUGAAUUUUUAAGUCAAUUUAGUGAAAUAUUUUUAAGGAAAUAAUUCAUCAAUGAGUAAUGUCUUGAAAUUCAUUUUGAACCACCUUCAAAUAGCUUCAAUUUCAUGAGAUUUCCUUGAGAAGAAUCUGAAGUUUACCUUUUAUCGAUUAAGAAUUGUUUAUUUGAUUGUAUCUUAAUUAAGAAAAAAAGGAGCUCGAUUCUGGAUAAUCUUGUGGUUGACGUCACAAUACGAAAUCUUGGUUUUCUUGAUUUUUUCAAAGUGAAGAUUUCAAGAUUUUCUUGAUUACCGAAUAGAAGGAAUUUGACGUCAGAACUUGCCAUUUAUUUUUUUACAAAAAGUUCUAAUAAUAAAAUAAUAAGUAGGUAUUGCAAUAGUCAUGAUAAUUGGUUCUAUUUUACCACCAAAAAAAUCCCUGAAAUCAUUGAAACUUGUUCUGAUAUUUCAAUGAUUUAAAGAUUUUUAUUGGUCACAGAAUACAACUCAAUGUUCUCUAAAUAUUUUUUUUUUAAUUCUCCAUUUUUGUAAUUAAUGUCGGAAGAUAAAUUUGUUGCAGUUGUUUUAUCAAUCUCUCAGUGUGUAUUAUAUAUUUUUUAUACAUAAAUUUAUAUAUUUCUAAUUCUCUGUUUAUUUGCAAUAAAAUAAUUCUAGAUUUUUGUUCUACAAAAUAUUAUUUCUGUUGAACUUUAUUAGCACCACAGUUGAAAGUAAUGUUAAUGUGGGGACGAUUUUUUCUUCAUUUGCAAAUUGUAAAUGAUUUUAUUUUUAAAUUUAUUAAUUAAUAUGGUGAAUUUUAAUCACUGAUUUUUUAUUUAAUACAUAAAAAACAAUUAAUUGAUAAUUUAUAAGAAAAUGGCGGUUGUUGAAAGUAAACUAUAUUUAUUGAAAUACAUAUUAUAUUUAAACAAAAAAAAUACAAAUUUUUAGCCCUGAUUGAGUUAAAUAUAAAAAAAAAAUUAGUGAAAGGAAACGACUUUUUCAUAUAGUGAAAUCACAAUCAUUUGUAAUAUAAUUAUUGUAAUUUUCUCCUUUUAAAGUGAAUGAAAAAAAAAAGAAAAUUAUAAAAUAUGAAUUCUGAUAGUAAAUUUUUCAGGGUACUAAUUAAAUGAAAAAAAAAAAGAAAAAUAUUUGAAAGUGGAUGUGAGGACAUUUUGAGGAUAAAAAAAAAUAUUUGUAUUAAUUGUAUAGAAUCUUCGACUAUAAAUUGUCGGCUUUAGGCAUCCCGACAGGGACGACUUUUUGUACCGAGACUCAUAAGAAAAAAAAGCGAGAAUUCUUAUGUUUAAAUACUUGACUCAUCUGCUUGAGAAUUACGGCGCCAGCAAAUUUUUUUGAUGAUAAAAAAUCAAAUUUCCGUAAAAAGAAAAUUAAAUCAGAAUUUUGAUUACCUUGGAAAGGAAAACUACGUUAUUAACGGAUUUAUUUUGAAUUUCUUUUGAAUUUUUUUUGAAUACUUUUAAUAUAUUUCUUUGUCUAAAUAAAAUUAAUUUCUCUUAAAAGAAAAUUCAUACAUAUGGCGCCAAUUCUCUCAUAAUUUAGGACUUUUUGAGAUCUUAAAAAAAAACCACUUUAAGCAUAAAAAUAAUGAAAUAUUCAUAACUUUUUGCAUUUCCAGUCAGUGGACUGUUUUUUUCCCGACGAAGAAGAAGGAGAAGUUUAAACAAAGAAAAACUCUGUAUGUGUGUGGAAAUGGAAAAGCAAAAAGGAAAAGUUAUAAAAUUGAUAUAAAAAAAAUCGCUGAGAAUGAAAUGGAUAUAAAAUUAAUCGAUUAAAAUUUGCCUUUCUCUUUCUCUCUCUAUAAGUAUUAAAAGAAAAAUGAUGAAAAAAAAAAAGAAUUAACAAUUAAUAAAAAAAAAAAUGAUAAAUCUAAUAGAGGAUGACAUUAAAUAAUGAAGAAAAACAAGUAAUAUUAAAUGGAUGGUGUAAGGAGGAAUAAAACAAGAAGUAAUAAAGAAAACAGAAGAAUAGCUAAAGAAAAUUAAAAAGAAAAUGUUGCGAUAUUGAGCAAAAACUUGAGGAAGAAACUACGAAGAAUAGUGGUCGCCUAGAAGUCGUCUAGCGGUCGUCGAGAAGUGAAGUAAAGAAGAAAAAAUUCUGAAAUAAAUUGACCAUAGUAUUGCUAGAAGGAACUAUAAAUUUAAAUUUAAAAAAAAAAUGAAAAUGAAGAAGAAAAGAUAUUUGUAAAUUCAGCGUGUGAGUUAGAAUUUUUACAAAGAAUCCAUUGAGAUUUAACUAAAAGACAUAAAUAAAAAAAUUGAUAUAGAAUAUAAAUGUGAGACUACACCCUCACUAUGCCUUUUGUUUCCAAACUAAACUCUCUCUAUUCUUUGUUUUUUUUUUUUUGAUAAGAAUUUUAACGGUAAAGAAAUCAUUUUUAAACUUCUAUAAAGAAAAAUUAAAAAAAGAAAAGAAAUCAUUUUCUUUUAUUGCCUCUUCUUUCGAUAAAAUCGACCAAAAUGGAAUCUAAAAAUAAAAGAAAAAUAUAUUUAACAAACAAACAAAAAUACUAAUCUAAACAAAAUGAUGAAGAAAACCCAUUAUAUAGAUUCCCUAAUAGAAAACAUCCUCAAGAAUUAUUGAAAAAACUAAAAUAAAACAAUGUUUAAACAAAAAUCUUUUGGACGAAAAUAUAAACACAUACCUACUGUUUUUUGUUUGUUUUUGAAAGAAAAAAAAAUUCAAAACCUCUAAGAAAAAAAAAACACUCAAAACGAUGGAUAAAAAAUAUCUAAUGAUAUAGAAAAUAUUUAGGAAGAUGAAAAAUAAAGUAAAAAAAAAACAUAUAAUGAAAAACAAGAUUUAUUAUAACGCAUAUCCAUGUCGUUUAUUCUUCUUCUUUUUUACAUAUUCACGUAUAAAUAUUUAUUGAAAUGAAAUGAAGAAAAAAAACAUAAAAAGAAGAAAAAUAACUUUGAAAAAAUAUGAAAAUGCAAAAAAAAAAAUUGAUAAACCCGAGAGUGGAUUUGAGUUUUGACUAUUUGUCCAUCUCUGAAAUAUUUGUACCAUCGUGUAUGAAAGAAAAAAAUAAUAAUUCAAAAAAAAAAGAAAAUCUUUAAAAGAAUUUAAGAAAUAACACAAAAAGACAAAAUUUCAGAGAUAAAAUAAUUGGGAUUUUAAAUCUGCUUUCAAGAGUCCUAGCAUUAAAGGAACAACAAAAAAAAUGGAAAUAAACAAAGAUAAUGUGACAACAUGAACAUAAUUGAAACGAGAUGUUAUUGAAUAUUUAUUGCUAUUUAUUAAAAUAAAUAAAAAUAUAUGAAAGGAAAUAACAAAAAAA